UGCACAGAGCCGUAUAUACGGCUCUGGACCUGCAAGGGAAUGACGAAGCGUUCAGCCAAAGAAAACUACGGUAGUGACGACGAAACAAUACGGGAUUUGGAUGUCUAUUUUCCGCCAGAAAAAUUGUACGAAUAUCAAUGGCCUCUAGGGGACCCGUGUGCAGACUUCUUCUUUCUGCAAGAACAUGUGGCUGAGUAUCUGGGCAUCAAUGGCAUUAGAUCCUUUCAAAGGAAAUAUCCUGAUAUGGAAAGACGAAUUUUAAGUAUGGAGGAACGUGAGUUUUUGGUGGAUGAAGGUGUCAUUAGUGAAGAGCAGAGCACGUUGGGUCUUGCGGCUCUGAAAAGUGAUGAUGUGUGCCAACUUAUGAUGGAAGAGUAUCCCAGUCUACACCAAAAAUAUCUGAAAGUAUUUAACCAACGGGAGACGGAACGAGCUAUACAGCAAAAGGUGAAGGAGAGAGAUGCAGUUAUUGCGUCUUCAGCAGACACCAAAGGUGAGCGUGGUGAUUCUGUGAAAGUUCAACAGGCAUGGAAAAGAGCGCACAGGCAGGUAGCUGAAUUUAAUGCCAAGUUAAACAGAGAGAGGAAAGACCAACGACGGUGCUUUUAUGAUGUGCAGACUAAUAUUGUGCAGCAUCCUCAAAACAAAGUAGAAUCUCAACAACUAGAAACAAUCAAAGUGGGACUAUACCCUGUAGCUCUUAUUCCUGGACAAUUCCAAGAUUACUACGUUCGAUACACACCCCAACAACUGGCUAUGUUCCCUUUGAAGACACCAACUGCUCCACCUCCCACAUUUCUUGUACCAACUAUUAGUCGUCCGCAUUAUCAAUUCCAUACAGAAAUAAAUAAAUCAAGGGUCAGAUUAGGCACAACUGCAGGAGCUAGGAGAAAAGCCAGUCAAGGACGCCAAAAAGAUGGGUUUUAUUCUUCUGCUAAGCGCAGGAAGUUACAGUCAGGAAAGGAAAAAAGUCAAGAUUCCAUGGAGCCUUGCACUCUCUGUGGGAUCUGCCUUGAGGGAAAGGAAAAGAACAAACUUGGUGAGCCUGAAGAAUUAAUUAGUUGCUGCUCUUGUGGGAACAGUGGUCAUCCUUCAUGUCUAGACAUGAGCAAGGAACUGGUAGCAGUUAUUAAGACAUAUCCAUGGCAAUGCAUCGAGUGUAAGACAUGCAUGCUAUGCAAUGAUCCUCAUGAUGAUGAUAAGAUGCUGUUCUGUGAUGAGUGUGACCGAGGUUAUCACACCUUUUGUGUUGGCCUUACUAGACUGCCAACUGGCCAGUGGGUCUGUGACAACUGCCCUAAAAAACUUCACAAACUGUAGUUAUUGCUAUUACCAAGUAUCUAACUGUACCUAUAUAGAAUAAUCAUCAUAU